UUUUUUGUAACAUGUUAAAUGUCUGUUGACUCAAAUUCUAUAUAUAUAGCGAUCAAAAUAUCAAUGGAGAAAUAUAAGUAAAGUUUAACAAUGGGUUUAAAUCUAGUGCUUGUUCUAUCUUCUUAUUUGCUUUUUACGCAAAUGGUCGAAGGAAACGUUGAUAAAUUUGAUUGUGUUGAUAUAUACAAACAACCCGCUUUCCAACAUCCAUUGUUGAAAAACCACAAGAUUCAGGAAAAUUUCAGUUUCAACGAAAGCCACAAUGUAAAAAUUAAAUAUCAAAAAAAUGAUCUAAGUUGUCCAAAAGGAACAGUGCCAAUUUUAAAACAAAGAAAUGGAACUGAAAGCGUUCAUCUCAACACAGUCGACUAUCCCGGCCAACAUUUUGCAACAAUCGAGACCGUUUUGGAUGGAAGCAUCUAUCGGGGAGCAGAAGCUAUGAUAAGUGUUCAUAAUGUAACAGUACAAAAUAACCAAUACAGCAAAAGUCAAAUUUGGUUAGAGAAUGGACCUCGUGGUGAACUCAAUAGCAUACAAAUUGGUUGGGCGGUGCAUCCAAGAUUAUACGGGGAUACUUUGACGCGAUUUACAAUAUAUUGGACUGCAGAUGGAUAUAAGAAAACGGGGUGUUAUAAUACAAAGUGUCCUGGUUUUGUUAUUAUAAAUCCAUUUCCUGUUAUUGGAAGCUUUAUUAAUAAAUCCUCUAUUUAUGGUGGUAAAGAAACAUUUGUUAUCAUACCACAAGUUUUACAGGAUGGUUUCAGCGGAAAUUGGGCACUAAAAAUCUUUGAUGAAAUAAUUGGUUAUUGGCCCAAAGAACUAUUCACACACUUAAAUAAAGGAGCUUCUUUGGUGCGAUUUGGAGGAAAUACUUUUACAUCUCCAAAUGGAAUUAGUCCUCCAAUGGGAAAUGGACAUUUUCCGGUUUUUGACUUUCAUAAAAGUUCAUAUUAUAUUCAUGUUAAAGUGAAGAAUUCAAAUUAUCAACUAGUUGAUAUUGAAGAUAGGAGAGCAAGGCAAUAUGCAGAUUCUUAUCAGUGUUAUAGAUUAUCAUACUGGGGUUAUUCCAAGCCAAAUGGAGUAGCUUUCUCUUUUGGGGGACCAGGUGGAAACUGUGAUAUUUGAUGAUAGAUGAAUUAAUAUGUAUCAACUGAAACUAUAUUAAAUUUGCAACAGAAAUAAAAUUUGACUAAACUAA